AGCGUGUGCCGCAGACACUCCGGAAGUGAGCCGUUUAUUGACAAUAUGGCGACCGGGCCAGCUGAGAGGGGACUGGACGUUUUUGGGUUUUGCCAGUGACCGCAGAUGUGGACGAUCAAAGCGAAAGAUGUGCGCGACAGAGUGUUAUGAAUGAAGGCACUCGGGAGCUGUCGGGAUGUUGUGUCUGAGCUGAGCGAGCCUUCACAGCGUCUUCUUCAUCAUGUCGUUCUUCAGGCGGAAAGCUAAAGGAAAAGAACCUGAGAGACCAGCAGAUGCCAAAGCCAGCAAAGCCCAAGUGUUGCCCCACUCCCCCUCUCUUAGCGGCCGUAAUCAUCAUGCUAUCCUGGAGGCAGCGGGACCCAGCCAUGUGGCCAUCAAUGCUAUCUCAGCCAACAUGGACUCCUUUGCCCGCGGCCGGACUGCUAUCCUCAAAAAACAGCCUAGCCACAUGGAGGCAGCACACUUUGGAGACUUAGGUCGCUCCAGUGUCAACUACCAGGUUCAAGAGACUCGGUCUCGGCUUUCUAAAACCGUAGACCAGAUCUUGCGGGAUAAUGUGGCCAUGCCCUACUUCAUACAGUUUAUGGAGACCCACAUAGCUGAGCACCUGGUCCGCUUCUGGCUUGAAGCUGAGAGCUUUCGAUCCACCACCUGGUCUAGGGUCAGAGCGCACAGCCUCAACUCAGUCAAACACAGCACCUUGGCUGAGCCUGCGGCUUCCCUGGAAUCCCCCGACUCGCCAGACUCCCCAAACGACCCCAGCAGACCCUUAACUCUGGAUCAGGGAGAUGAAGAGGACACUUUCUCCUCCCAGACUUCUUCCAGACCUCACACCCCCAGCCCCCAAGACACUAACUCUCAUACCGGGGCUCUGAUUGGCCACCGGAACUCUGUUAGCUCAGAGGGGGCGGCCCGGCCUGGGACUCCCCACCUGCAGCCCAGCCUAAGAUCAGAAACACCCACCAGACAGCCCUCCUCCAGGACAGGCACUCCAGUUAAAGGCCAGUCUACUAGUGGCCUCUCUGACAAACUAAUGAAAAGUAUAGAGAGGGAUGCCGUUAACAUUUUCACUAAGUACAUAUCUCCAGAUGCUGCUAGGCCGAUUCCCAUCACCGAACAGAUACGCAACGACAUUGUGGCGAAAAUCUGUGGGGAAGACGGACAAGUGGACCCUAACUGCUUUGUCAUUGCACAAUCUGUUGUGUUCUCCAUCAUCGAAGAACAGCACUUUAGUGAGUUCUUGCGGAGCCAUUAUUUCUGUAAGUACCAGAUCGAGGUGCUGACCAGUGGCUCUGUGUUCCUGGCGGACAUCCUGUUUUGCGAGUCAGCCCUCUUCUACUUCUCUGAGUACAUGGAGAAGGAGGAUGCAAUGAAUGUACUGCAGUUCUGGCUGGCUGCAGAAAACUUUCAAGAUCAGUUGGCUGCCAAGAAAGGCCAGUACGAUGGACAGGAAGCCCAGAAUGAUGCCAUGAUUCUCUAUGACAAGUAUUUUUCACUCCAAGCCACAAAUCCGUUGGGUUUUGGUGACUCUGUGCGGAUGGAGAUUGAAUCCAAUAUCUGUCGAGAAGGCGGCCCUCUCCCAGACUGCUUCAACACUCCACUAAGACAGGCCUGGACCACCAUGGAGAAGGUUUACAUGCCCGGCUUUCUGUCAAGCAACCUUUACUAUAAGUAUUUGAGUGACCUUAUCAACUCCGUACGGGUGGACGAGUUUACUGGAGGAAAUGCCAACACGACCCCAGAGGUCGACCGCAACUCAAGCGUCACAGAAGGGUCACAAGCCCAGCAAGGUACUAAAAAAGCGGCAGUCAAGAUCCUGAAGAACUUCGAUGAGGCGAUAACGGUGGACAUCGCCAGUCUGGACCCUGAGUCUCUCUACCAGAGACCAUAUGCUGGAAGAUGACCUUUGGGAAGGUGAAUGAGCUGGGCCAGUUCAUCAGAGAGGCUGAGCCAGAGCCAGACGUGAAGAAAUCCAAGGGUUCCAUGUUUUCUCAAGCAAUGAAGAAAUGGGUGCAAGGGAACUCGGAUGAGG